GGAGGCUCCCGGGAGCCGGCGGCGCGGGGCGAGCGCGGCGAGCGGACGGCGGCGGGGCCUCCGGGGCCGCCCGCGUGGGCCGAGCGGCGCGCGUGCGGAGGAUGGCGGGCUCCCUGCCUCCCUGCGUGGUGGACUGCGGCACCGGGUACACCAAGCUGGGCUACGCGGGCAACACCGAGCCCCAGUUCAUCAUCCCUUCAUGCAUUGCCAUCAGAGAGUCGGCGAAGGUGGUGGACCAGGCGCAGAGGAAGGUGCUGAGGGGUGUGGACGAUCUGGACUUCUUCAUCGGGGACGAGGCGAUAGACAAGCCCACCUACGCCACCAAGUGGCCCAUACGACACGGGAUGGUGGAGGACUGGGACCUAAUGGAGCGGUUCAUGGAGCAGGUGAUUUUUAAGUACCUGCGAGCCGAGCCCGAGGACCACUGCUUCCUGAUGACGGAGCCUCCGCUGAAUACUCCAGAAAACCGAGAGUAUCUCGCAGAGAUUAUGUUCGAAUCUUUCAACGUGCCGGGACUCUACAUCGCGGUGCAGGCGGUGCUGGCCCUGGCGGCCUCCUGGACGUCGCGGCAGGUGGGCGAGCGCACGCUCACCGGGAUCAUCAUCGACAGCGGGGACGGCGUCACCCACGCCAUCCCAGUGGCAGAAGGCUACGUCAUCGGGAGCUGCAUCAAACACAUCCCCGUGGCCGGCAGGGACAUCACCUACUUCAUCCAGCAGCUGCUCAGGGAGAGGGAGGUGGGGAUCCCUCCCGAGCAGUCCCUGGAGACCGCCAAAGCCAUCAAGGAGAAGUACUGUUACAUCUGCCCCGACAUCGUCAAGGAGUUCGCCAAGUACGACGUGGACCCCCGGCGGUGGAUCAAGCAGUACACGGGCAUCAACGCCAUCAACCAGAAGCAGUUCGUGGUGGACGUGGGCUACGAACGCUUCCUGGGCCCCGAGAUCUUCUUCCACCCGGAGUUCGCCAACCCCGACUUCAUGGAGUCCAUCUCGGACGUCGUGGACGAGGUCAUCCAGAACUGCCCCAUCGACGUGCGCCGCCCGCUGUACAAGAACGUCGUUCUUUCAGGAGGCUCCACCAUGUUCAGGGAUUUCGGACGCCGGCUGCAGAGAGACUUGAAGAGGGUGGUGGACGCCAGGCUGAGGCUCAGCGAGGAGCUCAGCGGCGGCCGGAUAAAGCCCAGGCCCGUGGAGGUGCAGGUGGUCACGCACCACAUGCAGCGCUACGCCGUGUGGUUCGGCGGCUCCAUGCUGGCCUCCACCCCCGAGUUCUUCCAGGUCUGCCACACCAAGAAGGACUACGAGGAGUGCGGCCCCAGCAUCUGCCGCCACAACCCCGUCUUCGGGGUCAUGUCUUAGCGCUGGCCGCCACAUUGGGCCAGUGGCGUCCUGCCAGCGCGCAAGUGUCCUUCGGAGCCGGAGACGCCCGCGGCCCCGAGAACUCGGCGUUCGUUCGGUGUGGAGGUCGAGGAGGGGCCUGUCUGUGUCCCUGAGUGCAGGAGGCGCCCGGCACCAGCACGGCGAGGGUCACCGCGAGCUGCCUCCGUGGCCCCCCUCCCCCUCGAGUCCCCGCAGCCCACCCGAGCUUCUAGCGACGAGCCUGGUUCUGAAGGCGCCUAACUGCAACUCGGGAAAUGGUUAGGA